GUAUGUCCUGAGGGGGCGCUAUUGCGCCGUGAAGUUGGGGAGGAAAUGGCGUCUCUUUGAACGGCAUGUCGAAGAUGAAGAUGAGCGUUUGAAGCUACGGAAAGAUUGCUCUGAGCUCAGUCUGACUGUACACGACAGAAUCCGCAAAGUGAGACCGAGAGGAGCGCACCCAGAGAACAGCCCAAUGGAAGCCAAGCCCGGGAGUCCAGUGGUGCUACAGCCCCGCUGGAAGCGCGUCCUAGGAUCAACUGGUCCAGUCCCACGGCCCCGGCACGGACACAGGGCCGUAGCCAUUAAGGAGCUGAUGGUGGUGUUCGGCGGGGGGAACGAGGGGAUCGUGGACGAGUUGCAUGUCUACAACACAGCCACCAACCAGUGGUUCAUCCCUGCAGUCCGUGGUGACAUCCCCCCUGGCUGUGCCGCCUAUGGCUUCGUGUGUGACGGGACGAGGCUGCUGGUGUUCGGAGGGAUGGUGGAGUACGGCAAAUACAGCAACGACCUAUACGAGCUGCAGGCAAGUCGCUGGGAGUGGAAACGUCUGAAGGCCAAAGCGCCAAAGAAUGGCCCACCCCCCUGCCCCCGUCUUGGACACAGCUUCUCUCUGAUUGGAAGCCGGUGCUACCUUUUUGGUGGACUAGCCAAUGAUAGCGAAGAUCCCAAAAACAACAUCCCCAGAUACCUGAAUGACCUGUACUGUCUGGAGCUGCGGCCGGGCUCCAGCGUGGUCGGCUGGGAGAUUCCAGCAACGUCUGGCCCACCACCACCACCCAGAGAGAGUCACACGGCGGUGGUGACAACAAACCACGGAGCCAGCAGGCUAAUCAUCUACGGAGGCAUGAGUGGCUGCCGGCUGGGGGACCUGUGGGUCCUCGACAUAGACUCUCUUGUGUGGAGCAAACCAGGCCUCGGUGGGACGGCCCCCCUACCUCGCAGUCUGCACUCUGCCACCACCAUCAACAACAAGAUGUAUGUUUUUGGAGGUUGGGUUCCUCUGGUGAUGGAUGAUGUUAAAGUGGCAACUCAUGAGAAGGAGUGGAAGUGCACCAACACACUGGCCUGCCUCAACCUGGACACGAUGUGCUGGGAAACGGUGCUGAUGGACACUUCGGAGGAGAACAUUCCCAGAGCUCGUGCAGGUCACUGCAGCGUCGCCAUCAACUCCAGACUUUAUAUCUGGAGCGGCAGAGAUGGAUACAGGAAGGCCUGGAACAACCAGGUGUGCUGCAAGGACCUCUGGUACCUGGAGACCGAGCGUCCCUGUGCCCCUUCUCGGGUGCAGCUGGUGCGGGCAAACACUACGUCUUUGGAGGUGAGCUGGGGGCCGUCACAGACUGCAGACACCUACUUGCUACAGCUGCAGAAGUACGACAUUCCUGCCACACCUGCGGCCUCCUCACCUGCCACAACCCCUUCCCCCACUAUUGCCACACCUGGAGCCAGCUCCCCCAAAAGCUCUGUCCCCGUCACAGCAGCACCAGCCAACCAAACUGUCCCCCUGUCCAGCAUCACACUCGUCCCUACUCCCACUGCAUCUGUAGCUGGAACCCCAUUGGCUGCAGCUGCUAAAGCACCAGCAAUCUUGAAAGUGCCAUCAGCUCCAGGUACAACAGGUGGAGCCUCCAUCGUCACAGUGAGACAGGCCAUGCCCAAGUCGCCGGUUGGUGUGACAACACUUCCUGCAGGUGUUCGUAUGGUGGUACCUGCUCAGCCCGGUCAAACGCCAAUCGGUAGCAAUCCUCAGAUGAGUGGCAUGGCAGCAUUGGCAGCGGCAGCUGCAGCGACUCAGAAGAUCCCUCCAUCUACGGCAACUGUGCUGAAUGUCCCCGCAGGAGCUACGCUAGUGAAGACGGUCGCUGUCAGUCCAGGAACGAGCAGUCUGCCUGUCAAAGUGGUGAGUAACGUGGCCACGGGAAUGUUGAAGACGGCUGCAGCCCAGGUGGGUGGGGCCUCUGUCUCCACCCCUGGGACCCCCAGCAGGCCAAUCAUCACGGUCCAUAAGUCGGGCACGGUGACCGUCUCUCAGCAGGCUCAGGUGGUCACAACGGUGGUGGGUGGAGUCACAAAGACCAUCACUCUGGUUAACAGCCCACUGAGCAUGGGAGGAGGCGGGACACUGCUCAGUAACCUCAGCAGCCUGGGGAAAGUGGUAUCAGUGGUCCAGACCAAACCAGUUCAGAGUGGUGCCGUUACUGUCCAGGCUGGGAGCAGCGCAGUAACUCAGAUCCUACAGGCUAAGGGCGGUCUCCCUGCAGGAACCAUCCUGAAGUUGGUAUCGUCUGCCGAUGGUAAGCAGACCACCAUCCUCAGCACGGCACAGGCUGGAUCCUCAGCAGGGAAACCCACCAUCCUGGGCGUCGCGCCGGCAGCCUCCAAACCCGGAACCACCAUCAUUAAGACCAUCCCAGUGUCAGCUUUGCAGGGAGGCGCAGGUGGAAACAGUCCAAUCACCAUCCUGACUACCAAGAUGGUGACUCCAGGGACCGCUGGAAAAAUCAUCACCACCGUGCCAAAAGUGUCUGCAGGUGGCCAGCAGGGGGUCACACAGGUGGUGUUGAAAGGAGCUCCAGGUACGCCGGGCACAAUACUCAGGACCGUCCCGAUGAGCGGAGUCAGACUGGUGUCACCAGGAGGUGUUGGCAGCAAGCCCGGCACAGUAACCACGCUGGUUGUCAAGGGAACCACAGGUGUCUCCAGUCUGGGGACGGUUACAGGAAACGUCUCCACUACCGUGGCAGGAGCCGCCGGGACUCAGGUUAACGCCUCCUUGGCAACACCAAUCACCACCCUGGCAACUAUUGCCACACUGGCUAGCCAGGUCACGACAGCCACAGCUGCUGCUGGACCUAAGCAGGUGACUCUGAUCACAACACCAAGCGGUGCAGAGGCUCAGCCGGUUGUCCAGGAUCUGCCAGUCUCUAUCAUGGCUUCUCCUACUUCAGAGGAACCUGGAAGUACUACGAUUACGAGUACAACAACUACUGCACAGGGAGAGACUGGGGAAAGUGCAGUUGCUGCAGUGACAAUGGUCUGCUCCAACCCGCCCUGUGAGACGCACGAGACAGGGACGACCAACACCGCCACUGUCGCUAGCGCAAACAUCGGCGGUAGCAACCAGGUGUGCUCAAACCCUCCCUGUGAGACACACGAGACGGGAACGACAAACACCGCUACCGUUGCCAGCGCGAACAUCGGCGGUAGCAACCAGGUGUGCUCAAACCCGCCCUGCGAGAUGCACGAGACAGGAACAACUAACACUGCCACGGUCGCCACUGCAAAUAUCCUCGGUAAUAACCAGGUGUGCUCAAACCCUCCCUGUGAGACGCACGAGACGGGAACGACCAACACCGCUACCGUUGCCAGCGCGAACAUCGGCGGUAGCAACCAGGUGUGCUCAAACCCGCCCUGCGAGAUGCACGAGACAGGAACAACUAACACUGCCACGGUGGCCUCAGCAAGCAUGAGACAGGAGCUGCAGAUGAGUUCAAACCAGCCUGCAGCUCAGCAGUCAGCUCCACCUGCUGUCAUUCUGAACACCUGCUCAAAUCCACCGUGUGAGACCCACGAGACUGGAACCACCAACACCGCCACCACUGCUGGAGUUGGUGGGCUCCAACAGGUGUGUUCGAAUCCACCAUGUGAGACCCACGAGACCGGGACCACCAACACUGCCACCACUGCUGGAGCUGGAGGGCUCCAACAGGUGUGUUCGAAUCCACCAUGUGAGACCCACGAGACUGGAACCACCAACACAGCCACUACUGCUACAGCUCAGCAGGGUGGAGACAGCCAACAGGGAGAGUCCACAGAACCUUCCACAUCUGAGCCCCCCUCCACAGCAGCCAAUCAGAGCAGAGCUGUUACUACUGUUACACAGGCCACGCCCACACCAGGACCAUCCAUACCCGAGAUCUCCUCGUUGGUCGGACAGCCACGCGAGGAGUCCUCAGAGGCUGUUGCUAUGGAUACGGCAGCAGCAGAUGAGGGGGAGGAGCCUAUGCAGACAGACAGCCAAGCAGAGGAUGUGAUGUCAUCAGCGGCAGUGUUACACGUUCAUGUUGAGGGCGGUGAUACGGCAGCACAGAUUGCGUCCUCAGACGGUGGUCUUCCUCAGGAGCUGAUGUCGUCCGAAGGGGACGGAGGCGAGGAUGUCUCUGGGACGACGACAACCCUGAUGGUGACGGGGGCGCUGACGCCGGAUCAGCUGGCUGUUACCACGGCAACAGAGGAAGCAGCCCAGCAGGCGACGAUACAGGCAGUACUGCAGGCAGCGGGGCAUAUCGGUGACGCUGAGGGCUCAGAGCAGUCUAUUCCCAUCGUUCUGACCCAGCAGGAGCUGGCAGCGCUCGUCCAACAGCAGCAGCAACUGCAGGGCAUCCACCAACCAGAACCUGAGCCUGAGCCAGAACCGGAGCCACAGCACAGCAGCAUCCCUACAGAGGGCCUUGCUCCCGCAGACAGCCUCAACGACCCGGCAGCCGACACGAGUAACGGACACGAGCUGGCAUCAUCGGCGGUAACGAGCGCUGUUGCACGACUGGCCAGCACGUUUGGUCCCGCCCCCACUCUGACAUCAGGGCAGGUGAAGAAUGAAGCACCUGCUGCACUGCCAGAGGCACCCAACGGCAUCGCACCGCCUGCGCCGGUGAAGACGUCGGUGAAGGAGGAUCGGUGGUUCGACGUCGGCAUCGUUAAAGUCACCAAUAUGGUGGUCUCACAUUACUACGUCCCCUACGACGACAACACACCUGACGACGACUCGGGCGCGGUCCCAGACUACAGUCGAAUGAGAAAGGUGGAGCUACAGCCGGGGACAGCCUACAAGUUCCGUGUGGCGGGCAUCAACAUCUGCGGCCGCGGCGCAUUCUCAGAGGUGUCGGCGUUUAAAACGUGCCUGCCCGGUUUCCCCGGAGCGCCCUGCGCCAUCAAGAUCAGCAAGAACCUGGACGGGGCCCAGCUGACUUGGGAGCCUCCUGCCGUCACGUCGGGGAAGAUCACGGAGUACUCCGUCUACCUGGCCAUCCACUCCAGCCAGGCUUCCUCCUCCUCCUCAUCCAGUUCAGGUUCUGGUGCCACCCAGCUGGCCUUCAUGAGGGUCUACUGUGGCCCCAACCCGUCCUGCCUGGUCCAGUCCUCCAGCCUCGCCAACGCACACAUCGACUACACAACCAAACCCGCCAUCAUCUUCCGCAUCGCAGCUCGCAACCAGAAGGGCUAUGGUCCCGCCACGCAGGUCCGGUGGCUGCAAGAAACCAGUAAAGACCCCAAAGCAGCGGUGAAGAGACCAGGAUCAGGACCCGCUGCAGACCUUAAAUCUGCCGGACCAAAGAAGUUCAGAACCGACCAAUAGGAGGAGUCUACUUUCUCCUGAAGACUGUGAUUGGUUACUGUUGCUUGGUUGCCAGAACCAGGAGGAGGCGGGGCUCUGGAAACAAACAAAAACAAAAGACUUGUAGGAUAUUUGUACAUUUUUUUUGACCAAUCAGAACUCUUCUUCCUUUGUUGUUUCUUUCUGCUGUUGUCAUGGAGACAAUGUUGGGCAGAGUCAACAGCAUUGCUCCAAAUGGUAUUAAAGUUUGAAUUUAUUUGAGUUAUAUGUAGGUAGCUCUCUCUCCCCCCCCUCUCUGAAUGUCUCUCGCUCUCUCUCUGUCUGAGGUUUAAUGGUCACAGUUCAUGGUGCUGUUUGUGGGCGGAGCCUCUGCAGCAGAGAGGGGCGGUGUUUAAACCAGCUCUGUUGUAAAUUAUUUUCUCCCUGUAGCAAUGAAAUGUUAUUUUCAUUUUUAUAAACGUCUGUCAGGUUAUUCAAAGUUCUUCUGUGGUUUCUGUUUCUUCUUCUGUUGUUCACGGCGUUCACACAUUGGUCAGUGAAGGAAACUCGAGCUGUUUGAAAAUCAAACCAGAUGUUUGUGAAUAUUCUCAGAAACAAUAAAGAUUUUUAGAACA